ACUUUAUUUCUUCCUUUGACUGAUUUUGGUUUUUAGAGGUAUUUUGCCCCAGGAUUUCCUUUCCCCAGACGUAGAGCCUGUCAGCUGCUCUUUAGGAGAAACAGAUGGUACAGGGAGAAAGUGAAACAGGCCACUCAUAAAGGAAUCUGUUGUAUGACAGUUCACUGAAGUUUUUUAAAAACCUGCCGGAAAACUUUAAAGUAAGGAAACUGAUCUUUAUUUAAAGGCCUCCGUGGCCAUUCUGACCCUUUCUAUUUGCUCGUGAAAGCCUUAACAACAGCUUCAGCUGGGACUGAGCUGGUGGUUUCUGGGCUUUUCCAGCUCCCAAGCACCUCCUUCCUCUGCUCUUCUGCGCCCAGGGCCCCAGCUCCCCUCCCCGGGCCUCUCUCCACAGGGCUCUGAUUGGUGUGCCACACAGCCCUGCCUUUUAGGGACUGUUGUCAGGCAUCUAAAGGAAUAAGGGCAAAGGGCCAGUGGCUGCUUUUAUCAACCAAUCAGGUAUUUUCCUGGCAGAUCCCCAAAUAUUGCUGGGCCAAUGGAGGGAUAAACCCAGGAUGUCUGGAAUGCCCCUCAGAGAGGCAGAGCUUAGGUUGAAGCAGGCACUGGAGGGGCUCAGACGGGCCCUGGGCUGCUGCCAGCUCCCAUCUGGCGCUGGCUUGUCUGUGUCACUGUCAGGAUCUGUCUAGCGCCCGUCCCCUCAAGGGGUGUGUUGGGGGGAGUCCUCUUUCCGACCAUCAAAAUGGUUAUCAAAGUAUUUGUUGCCACAUCUUCUGGGUCCAUAGCGAUUAGGAAGAAACAACAAGAAGUAGUGGGCUUUUUGGAAGCUAAUAAAAUCGACUUUAAGGAAUUAGAUAUAGCUGGAGAUGAAGACAAUAGGAAGUGGAUGAGAGAGAAUGUUCCCGGAGAGAAAAAACCUCAAAAUGGGAUUCCUUUGCCUCCCCAGAUCUUCAAUGAAGAGCAGUAUUGUGGGGAUUUUGACUCCUUCUUCUCUGCAAAAGAAGAGAAUAUUAUUUAUUCAUUUCUUGGUUUGGCGCCCCCUCCAGGCUCAAAGGUGACAAAAUCACCUGAGGAAGCAUCUUCCCUUCCCAAUGGCGAUGUAGUGGGAGAGGCACAGGGCACCCCAGAGGGAACAGAGAAGGCUGAAGAAGGUGGAGAAACUGAGGCACAAAAAGAGGACAAUGAAGAUGCGGGCGACCUUCCCGAGUCUCAAGAGAAGAAUAAGACGGAAGAAGUAACCAAGGAGGGAGCCGAAGGAGACGCAGAGGAAGAGGAGGCUGAAGGAGAGGAGGAGCAGCCGGGGGAGGAAGACGAGGAGGGCUCAUAGGCCCUUCAUGCUCGGUUUCUUCUCCUCCAG